AGGGGUGAGGCGAUGACGCAAUUCCGGUCUGUCAUGGCGGCGCCCUGAGAACCGGCUGGCGUCCGGCGAUCUCUUCCUCGCGCUCUGCGCACGUUUGUUUCUGUCUCCUUGUGACCCCGGCGGACCCCGGCUCGCAACCAUGUGGCGGCUGGUGGCGCGCGCCGGCACUCCAGUCCUCAGCGUGCUCCCUUCAGGUCCUGGAGCUGCCCAGCCCCUCAGUGCUGGCAUGAAGACCUUCCUCCCAGUACCAACCUAUGAAGGCGUUUCUAUUCCUGAUAAGCCCAAGCUCAAAUUUGUUGAGAGGAUGCCACUUGUGCCAAAGGUGAGGCGGGAACCCAAGAACCUGAGUGACAUCCGAGGGCCAUCCACUGAAGCCACCGACUUCACAGAGGGCAAUUUUGGUAUCCUGGCACUGGGUGGUGGUUAUCUUCGCUGGGGCCAUUUUGAAAUGAUGCGUUUGACAAUCAACCGUGCCUUGGACACCAAGAACAUGUUUGCCAUCUGGCGUGUCCCAGGCCCUUACAAGCCCAUCACCCGCAAGGGUAUAGGCCAGCGCAUGGGGGGUGGCAAAGGCGCCAUUGACCACUACGUGACAGCCGUCAAGGCUGGCCGCCUUAUCGUGGAAGUGGGUGGCCGCUGCGAGUUUGGUGAGGUGGAACCCUUCCUCAAGCAGGUGGCACACAAGCUGCCCUUCCCAGCCAAGGCCGUGAGCCGAGAGUCUCUGAAAAAGAUGCACGAGGAGCAAAGGGAGAGGGAGCUUAACAACCAGAACCCCUGGACCUUUGAACGCAUUAUCAGGGCCAACAUGCUGGGGAUGAGGAAGGUGUUGAGCCCCUAUGACCUGACUCAGAAGGGGCGCUACUGGGGCAAGUUCUUCCUGCCUGAACGGGUCUAGUGACCUCGAGGCAAGGAACAGCUACUCCCUCUCUCUCCUCCAGCUUCUCCUUCGGAACUUCUGAGCACCCCAGAUGAAUGGAGGAUCUCUGCAAAGCAUUGAGACAAGGAGAACCAUAGUGUGUCAUGAAACAUUAAAUUGAGUUGGUUCUACGGAAGUCCUGGGUCCUAGCCUCAGAGCCAGGGAGACCCGGGCUCAGUUCCUCCCCCAAUACACACGAACUUUGUGGCUCCAGGCAGGACACUAAACUGCUAAGUGCUUUUUUUGGCAGCCAGAAGACACACUGACCUGCAUCGGUAAUGGGAGUUUCUUCACCAAAAAGGAAUCCUUAUCCCAAGGAUCUUUAGACCUGUUUUUGUAAGUCUUGGCCCCUUUUGGAAUUCACAGGUACCAGGUCAAGAACUCCUGCCCUAUUUUCCCUAUCCCUGUGAGAUCAUCAGUUUGUGGAAAUUACCUUCCAUUAAUGUAGCUUAAUAAAUUUUCUCUAAUUUAUAGUCAUAAAAAAUUGUCUGGGACACUGAGAGAUUGACAUUGAGUCAAUAAACAUUUAUUAAGCACCUA